AUGGAUGAAGAGUCAUUACCUCAGGACGUAACUGCUGAAGGUUCUGCCCCGGAAACAGUUCGGGAAAGAAUAAUUGAGGCUGUUGUUAUUGAAGACGAAGAAGUGGARUAUAAUGCUUUGUUUUGGUGGGAAGUUGAGUCUUUGGUCAGAACAGAUGUCUUACAAACAUUAUCUUGGGCGGAAUUUGUAAACCGAUUCAAAGAUCAGUUUUGUCCCAAGACGGCUGCAAGACAAAUGAAAGAAGAUUUUCUGAAAUUGGAACAAGGUAACAGAACUGUUUGGGAGUACACUGAAAAGUUCAUUGAGUAUUCCCGAUUUGCUGAACAUUACAUCUCGUCAGAAUCCAGAAAGGUGGAGAUGUAUAUCUGGGGGUUAAAACCUUGGAUCCGUGAAUUUGUAAUCGCUAUGAACCCUACUACCUUUUCAUUAAUUGUGGAUGCGGCGGAAGUUACUAAGUGA